AUGUCUCCUCAACCACACAAGAUCUUCUACAAGGGCGAAGAACACGACUUUGUCAUCUUCACUGAGAACCCAGACUUGAUCCAAAAGUACAAGAAGGGUGACACCACAAUUCCAUUGGUUGACCUUGUGUCGGUGUGGAAGGUUUUCAUCAACAGACAAGGAGGUGCUGAUGGUAUUUUGGAUGAGGCAUCCAGAAACGAAUUGGAGAACGAGUUCGGUCCUAAGACCAAGGUUGAUGAUGCCAUCAAGAAGAUCCUAGAUGAGGGCCAGGACAAGAGUCAGGUUGGCACCUUCGACGAGCAAAAGCCUGUGUAA